CCUCAACAAGAAGGAAAAGAUUUCCCCUCAUAGUUACGGUGUCGGCACAGACGCUGUGGAGCAGGUUUUCAACAGACUUCAGCGACUUGUUUGUGCAGUUUAUGUUCACUUUUAGCAGCCGGGGUUGUCGUUAGGAGUCACCGGGGACAGGUGGAGGUUGAGGCGGGAACGUGAUGGGUAAAAAUCGGGAGGACGAGACUCCGGACUCCGAAUACGGAGAACCUGCCCAGUUUGACCCAACCUUCAAUGGACCCAUAAAGAAAAGAGGAUGCACAGAUAUCAUCUGCUGUAUUCUGUUCAUGGCCGUCAUCCUCGGCUACAUAGGGGUUGGAAUCUUAGCCUGGCUUUAUGGAGAUCCAAGAUAUGUUCUUUAUCCAAGAAACUCAACUGGAUGGUUCUGUGGCAUCGGACCCAACAAAGACAAACCCAGCUUGUUCUACUUUGAUGUUCUGAAAUGCGCCACGUCUGUGAAUGUGAUGGCGUCGGCUCUGAACGGUCUUCAGUGUCCAACCACGCAGAUCUGUGUGGAAACAUGCCCGUCUGGUUUCUGGGCUGUCAACCCGCUGGACUACAUCAACAAAUCCCCAAAGGAUGUUUUCGAUCCAAAACUCUGCGUUCCAUCUUUAGACCUGACACGACCGGGUUUGACUGUUAAAGAAGUUGUGGACAAGGAACUGUGUCCACGCCUCUACACUCCCACAACCUCAGUGUUGGGGAGGUGUCUGCCGGACAUAUCGGCUCUCGACAAGCUCCCACCGGCGUUCUCAAAUGUAACAGGAUUGUCCGUCAACGACACAGUCAGCCUCAUUAGAAAUGGCACAGGCUCACGGGACAUCGUGAAUGGUUUUAAUGCCAGAGACGUCGGAAUCAGAAUCUUUGAAGAUUUUGCUUCAUCGUGGCCGUGGAUCCUCGUUGGUCUGCUGAUUGCCAUGCUGGUCAGUUUGCUGUUCCUGCUGCUGCUGAGGUUCACCGCUCCUGUCAUGGUCUGGGUCCUCAUCAUAGGACUCCUCGGAGCCGGUGCAUACGGGAUCUAUCACUGCUACUGGGAGUAUAAUAACUACAAACAACAAUCUGCUUCCAUCAGUAACGUUGGCUUCACCACCAACUUCCAGACCUAUUUACAAGUUCAAGAAACCUGGUUGGCCUUUUUGAUAAUCAUAUGUGUGGCAGAGGCCAUCAUUCUUCUGACCCUCAUCUUCCUCAGAACUAGAAUCCUCAUCGCCAUCGCUCUCAUUCAAGAGUCCAGCAAAGCGAUCGGUCACAUGAUGUCGACGUUGUUCUACCCUCUGAUCACCUUUGUUCUCCUGCUGGUCUGUGUUGCCUACUGGGGCGCCACAGCUUUAUAUUUGGCCACUUCAGGAGGGCCGGUCUACAAAGUGGUGGCUCUUAAUUCCACGUCCAGCGGCUGUCAGAGCAUCAACGGCACCGAGAACUGUGACCCUCAGAAAUUCAACUCGUCAAACUAUCCAAGCUGCUCGUCCGCUAGCUGCAUCUUCAUCAAAUACAACGACGAGGGUCUCUUCCAGAGGAACCUCUUCAACCUGCAGAUCUACAACGUCAUCGCUUUUCUCUGGUGUGCAAACUUUGUCAUCGCUCUGGGGCAGUGCACGCUGGCGGGGGCCUUCGCCUCCUACUACUGGGCCUUCGUCAAACCAGGCGACAUCCCCAUGUUUCCUGUGUGCGCCAGCUUCAUGCGCGCCAUCAGGUUCCACGUGGGUUCUUUAGCAUUCGGUGCUUUAAUCCUGACCCUGGUGCAAAUCGUGAGGAUCUUACUGGAGUACAUCGACCACAAAACGAGAUCGGCGCAGAACGCGUGCGCACGCUUCCUCGUGUGCUGCUUGAAGUGCUGCUUCUGGUGUCUGGAGAAGUUCAUCAAGUUCAUCAACCGGAACGCCUACAUCAUGAUCGCCAUUUACGGGAAAAACUUCUGCGUCUCAGCUAAAAACGCUUUCAAGCUGCUCAUGAGAAACAUCAUAAGGGUCGUCGUGCUCGAUAAAGUGACCGACCUGCUGCUGUUCUUUGGAAAGCUGCUGGUGGUCGGAGGAGUCGGCGUUUUGUCCUUCUUCUUCUUCUCUGGACGGAUUCUGCUUCCAGGCAGCACCUUCCGCUCCGAAACCCUCAACUACUACUGGAUGCCAAUUAUUACGGUGGUGUUCGGCAGCUACCUCAUAGCUCAGGGGUUCUUCAGCGUGUACAACAUGUGUGUGGACACGCUCUUCCUCUGCUUCUUGGAGGACUUGGAGCGAAACGACGGGUCUCUGCAGAAGCCGUACUUCAUGUCCAAAAACCUCAUGAAGAUCCUGAACAAGUCCAACAAAAAAACGGGUAAAUGAGAGGAGCGGCGAUCUAUUUAUUUAUUA